AUGUUCUCUGGGUCUCCUGCCAAAAAGAUCAAAUCUUCCUCCUCAACCUCGAAGCGUAAGUUUAUAGCCGGCAAUCCUCUUUGGCCUUGCCCAAGCAUCGUCUGCGUUCCCGGACUUCUGAAGGCGGUCCCCAAAACCAACGGAGGCCUUUUUUCGCCGUGCGAUCAGAAGGACUCCCAAGACUCCACCACCUGCCAGGUUUCCUGCUCUAUACUCAGCGCUCGCGGGUCUGACCCUCCUAUCUGCCAGCUCUGCUUGACUUCCGUUGGAGGAACUCCGUCUCUCGGUGUGCUUUCGGGGGAGAAGAACUCUCAGGGCCGCGACGAGUGGCUGAAUAUUCACGCCUGUUGGACGAUCUGCUGCGGGGCGAAGACCUCCGACGGAGAAAAAUACAAGAACGCCACGCUCGCCACCGGCGACAUCGUUGGGCGCGCCUGCAAGUGCUCAAACCCGGCAUCCGACGUUGAGGACAUCACCCACGGCUGCACCGGCGAAAUCGAGGAAGGAGACUACGUCGUCAAGGACUGGAUCGACCCACCGCUUCACCUUCACUGCGCCAAGCGACUGUGGCGCGCCAAGGUCGACGAGAUCCUCACUUCCAAACAAAACCUCAAGGACAUCGGCACGACCGCCCAGAAGGAAAGCGCGCAGCCUUCGGCGCCGGCCAUCGACCUCUAAAGUAAGAUCGAUUCAAUAGAACAAAUUUUAACUUCAGCCUGCAUUCUUGCGUGCCAUCUGUAUUUACAUAUAUAUUAAAUUUGCCGUCCGCCAAGUGCAUUUUAAUUGUAAUUUUAUUCUCAAUUUUAUGCUCCAUAUUUUAUUACCCCACCCCUCACAAGCCAUAAGCGGAUGCGUCCACCUCAAGUGCCUUCACGGCAAGAGCCAGACUCUCGUGUUACACGAUCGUCGUCUCGGCGACAGUCACAGCAAAAUCGGCGACAAACGCGUUCUGCUUCACGGGCAACCUCAGCUGCACGUCAAUCUUUGGCACGACAGACUGCACGUAGAGAACAUAUUGUGCAACAAAACCGAAGACAAAACUCUCUUCGUCCCAGACCACCUAGACGGCCACCAUACUGUGCAGACGAUACCGAUGACAGCGAUGACUGCGAAAUUACAGACGCAGAUCGUAAUACAAACAACGAUAGGGAGGACGAAAACGACAACGACCUUCGAACAAUUCAGAACCAUUUCAACCGAAUGCGUAAUCGGGCACCUAGACGCCCUUCAAAUGCAAUACACCGUGACGCUAGUGAUGAUGACGACAGCAGUGGAGACAGCGACAACAGCAAUGCCGACAACAACGCUUAUGGCAUACAGCCUUUCAACUGUCUUCACCCCAAUUACCCUGAAACCCCACACCAAUUUAACCAACCGUUCCUCGAACACGAAAGCAAUCACGUCUGUAAACACUGCGACGCAAUUUUAUGGAAAGAAGAAAAGCACACGUACAACUGCUGUAACCGCGGCCGAUCUGCAAUGCCGCGUCUUCGUCCAAUUCCUUCCGAACUACUAACUGUGUUCGGCUCAGCCAGAUUCCGUUCAGCACAAAGACGAUACAACAGCCUGUUUGCAUUUACUGGGUUAGGAGCAGGAGGAAUUGAAAAGCGUAGUUGGACUCAGCCUUCUGCUCCCUCCAUGCUGACCCUUCACGGACGAGCGUACCACAGGAUAUUUGAUUUGCAGGAGCAGUACACGGACAUGAACGUGACAAACAACGCCAGAUUUUAUAUCUACGACUCAGAAUUCAAUUCCCAAUCAGCGUCACAACACCUUGACAGUCAAAUAUCUAAUACUCUGCGCCAACACGUCAACACCAACAUUCCAUGGGCGACACAAUACCGUUCAGCCGUUAGCAUCAUAAAUCAGACACCCGACGACAGUUCCGACAAACCGUACAUCGAGUUUGCCCAAGUGAGUCGUGCAAAUGACGGACCAGUUGUAGGUGACGCCAUAUCCGCCCCAGAGAUUGCUGCAUUGGUUUACAACUCAAACACACAGAACAACGGACCACGCACCGUUGUGACAUACCCAAGAAACAGUCCCGACAACAAACCAAGAUUCUUGCCGCUUUGGAGUGCUGGAUACGAAACUCUUCAGUUUCCCAUGUUGAUGCUGCACGGAGAGGCAGGUUGGAGUAAAGGAAACCAAGAGGAAAACCCUCCGUAUAAAUCAAAAACAAUGAACAAGACAAAUGACGCGCAUGUCACUUUCCCCUUCUAUUGCCGGCAACGACUGCUUUGCGAACCGAUUUUUAAACGAAACUGUCGCAUCACUCAAGAAUGGGCUUGCGACUCCUUGAGUAGAAUGGAGGAGGAGCGGUUAACUUUUGUUGAGCACGGCCCUCUACAACGCAGACUCGCCACAGAUCGAUCCAUUCGACAGAGUUCCUCAGACUCACAGCCAGGAAAACUGCUUCCAGCAAGUCACCCAGGAUCCAUGAGCAAACGCAAGUCUGACACAGAAGAUGCGUUGGCAAUUGUCAAUAGAAGAGGAAAGCCUCACUUAUUCAUUACCGUGACGUUCAACGCAGACUGGAAAGAGGUGAAAGACAACCUUUUGAACGGACAAAGCGCAUAUGACCGUCCAGACUUAUGUUGUCGGGUUUUCAAGGUGAAGCUGAAUGCCUUGAUGAAAGAAUUAAAGAGCGGAAGGGUUUUUGGAGAAUAUGACAGCCAUUUAAGUGUAAUCGAAUUCCAAAAAAGAGGGUACCCACACGCCCACAUCCUCAUGACGUUUAAAAAUGGAGGACCCGACCAAUUAUACCAGAUGGAUGAAUGGGUAUGGGCCCAACUUCCCAGCCCCGAACUUGCAAACGGCAUUCUCCGAGAAAAGGUACUAAAGUACAUGAUUCACAAGCCGUGCGGAACACACAACGUCAACUCUCCAUGCAUGGAAACCAACCGCGACACCAACAGAAGACAAUGUAAUAAACACUAUCCUCAGCCUUUCAGAAGCACGGCAACAAUCAACGACCGAUCAGGGCGUGCGGAAUAUAAGCGAACCGACAACGGAGACAACCCUACCAUACGCGUAAGAGUUGACGGUAAAUGGCAAGAUGUCAAAAUCGGCAAUGAGUGGGUCGUACCCUACAACCCGUACUUACUAUUGAUGUUUGAUUGUCACAUAUGUGUGGACGUUGUGACUGCCACCUCAUGCGUAAAAUACCUGUUCAAAUACGUACACAAAGGUGCCGAUUACGCAAAAGCUAGAAUCCAAGGUAUUACCAGCGAGAUAGAGCAGUACCGUAAAACUCGAUACAUCUCUGCAGCCGAAGCUACAUGGAGACUGCUAGGAUUUCAAAUGGUCAGUAGGUUUCCUGCAGUCACAAAGGUGCACGCGCACUUAGAGGGCGACCAGUACGUCACAUACCCCGAUGAUGCAACCCCAGAGCAGCGCCUUCAAAUUGCCGAAGACUCUCCUUCUGCUCUAAUGACAUACUUCAAAAGACCGACAGACGACGUGUUCACACCGCAAACGCUACUAGACUACUAUGAAAAAAACACCGUCACCAAACCCAAAAAGGGACAAGAAAAGCCUACAUCUGCGCCUCCAGGAAAGUUCUUAGACACCUACGGCAAUAUCAUUUCAUGUAGAUCUGAACGUAACCAACAUGUAUGUCGAAUUGUCUUCCAGAGCCCUGCGGUUGGAGACUUAUUCUACCUACGUCUACUGUUGCACACAAUACCGGGAAGAUCUUUCAACGACCUGCUUCUCGAGCCUCAGCCCAACUCCAUUCCAUUUCAACACGCAACCUUCCACGACGCUGCGAGAGCAAGAGGAUUGGUGACUGGUGACGAGGAAUACACAAUUUGCAUGGAGGAAGCAGCCUCUUUCCAAGUGGCAAACCAACUUCGCGCUCUAUUCGUGACCCUUAUCUUAGACGGUGGUUCAGCACCAAAAUUGUGGUCAGAAUUUGAACCGAAUUUGAUCGAAGAUUUUGCCCUAAUCAUGACACAAGAAGAAGCCAUCCAAGCAGCACUUUGCGAAAUCGACUUGAAGCUUCAGUUGCACGGGAAAAACAAUGAGCAAGUCAACCUUCCUGCGGCUCGCCACUCAAGGACCGAACUCGAAAGAAUGAAAGAAUCUUUUGACGUAAACACGUGCAAAGAAUACGCAGACACUCACGAGCGAAAUCUCACUGUAGAACAAUACCACGUUUACAACACAGUUAUAGCCUCUGUCAACAAUGAACUAGGCAAACCUUUCAUGAUUGAUGCACCCGCAGGCACAGGAAAGACGUACACGGAAAAAUGCCUAGCUGCAAAACUACGAGGCGAAGGGAAAACAGUAUUGAUUGUCGCCUCCACUGGAAUCGCCGCGCUGCAGCUAACGGGAGGUUGGACAGCUCACUCAAUGUUUAAACUCCCAAUGGACGAAAACAUGUCUCCUUCCUGCGUCUGUAACAUAAACGCCCAAACACAAAGAGCUGAGUUAAUACGCCAUGCAGACCUCAUCAUAUGGGAUGAACUACCGAUGACUCAUCGUUACUGCGUUGAAGCUCUAAAUAGAACCCUCAAAGACCUCAUGCGAAACGAUUUACUUUUCGGUGGCAAAACCAUCCUGUUCUCAGGUGAUUGGAGACAGACUGGACCUAUCGUUAAAUUUGGAUCUCCCACAGACACCGUAGACGCCGCAGUGAUAUCAAGCCAACUAUGGAACAGUAUCAGUCGCCUCAGGCUUACCAAGUCUCAAAGAGAUAAAGACGACCCAGCGUACGCCUCUUUUGUCAGAAAAAUUGGUGAAGACAAAAUACCGUCCACAUCCAUGCCUGACGGAACCAACCUUAUCCCCCUCAAUAACCACUCUACAGACUGCCCUGACAAAUUUCACCUGCAAUAUAAAACCGACUUCAACGAAUUGGUGCAUUUCGUUUACCCCAACAUGUCCGACGACGCAACCACAUGGAGCGAUCGCGCCAUCUUAGCCACAACCAACAACGCUAUUGAUCGAUCAAACCAAAUAAUUGCUGAUGAACGUCCCGGUCGUUCAGUAUCGUUUUACAGCUCAGAUUCUCUCAUCAAAGACGCAAACUCAGCACCCACAGCUUUCGCUGCCCCUGAACAUCUAAAUCAACUAAACGUCU